CUCUAGAACACUCUAGAGGUUUUGCCUCCAAUUUGUAUUUUCCACCUGACUUUAUGAUUUGCCCUUUUUGUCACCUUGUGGACUUUGACCCACCUCCUCACACUUUAAUUCCUUUUCCUAGAUAUUUGUAUCAGUGCCCUUUGUAUUACCAUAAAGAAUGAACUGAUUCAUGGGCAGGGGAUGAAGUUUAGUUGGUAGAGUGCUUGCCUAUCACACAUGAAGCCCUAAAUUCAUAGGAGGUCUACCUGAGUGGGAUCAGGAGUAGGCAGGAAGAUCAGAAGUUCAAGGUCAUCCUGGACUACAUGUGACCCUUGAAACAAAUUUUAAAAGUGCUAAUUCAGAGUGAUUUGUUUCUGUGGCCAUUAGCCUUUUACUUCAGAUAUUAAGGUUUAUUAUCUCACUUUCACAACCUUGAUUUGUCCUCUAAAUGGUUCUAAAUAGAUCUAGUUUACCAAAAGGCACAGAUCCUGCCCUUCCUGCUACAGGCCCUAUAACCUAGAGUCCAGUCUUAGAUAACUAAAAACCAAGUUCCACACUCUGGCUGCAGCUUGACCCUACCCUUGUAGACAGUUAAUUUCUACCCUCAACUACCCUGUAUAUCUGGCAGCCAUUCAGUCCUCCUACCUCUGCUGGAUUCUAAAUUUGUCUUGCCUAGCUAAUUACCAUAGCGUUACCCUACCCUCCUACAUAGUGUCAAGCCCUACCCUGCUGCUAUUCCCCGUUCUAAAUAAGUCCUGUUUCCGCUGAACCGCAUGGUGUGCAGCACCACCUACUUUGGUGUUUUGGCAGCUGUCUCAGUCUCUCCACCAAUCAGCUGAAAACGGAGCUCAUCCACCGCCCCUCCAUCCUCUGGGGCUGUCUGUCUACCAUCAAUCUCACUUAGGCCAAUCGGUGUGAACCAGGCGCCCCCCCAAAAAAAAAACCUCCCUCGCCCCAACCUUGGCACUUGCCCACUUGGCUACCAGUUCUCCUUGAUCCAAUCAGGGUGAAGCACCAGUGCCGCCCAACGCCUCUCUAGUUGGCCAUCUGCAGUUCAUCAAUAUCCUUCAAGCCAAUCAUGUCACAGCUCUGUUAGGAUUCAACCACCAGGCAAAACUCUGCCUACAUUCUUGGCUUUUUGGCCAAUCAGCGAGCAGCGGGACGCUCAGCUCCUCCCCUGAGGGCCCACGUGAGCGGUGGGGAAACGCAGGGGCGGCUUCUGGGUGCUGCGGCCGCCGCCACUGCUGCUCCCGCCGCCAACGCCGCCGCCGCCUUGGAACUCAGGCCUGGGGGGCGGUGGGGCCUCAUAUGGAGCCCCCGCCCCCCGGAGCUGCCGCUGCCACCACCGCGCCACACACAGGUACCCCUGGAAUGGCGUGAGUGCUUCACUAGUGAUGGACCCAUCUGUGACGCUGUGGCAGUUUCUGCUGCAGCUUUUGAGAGAACAAGGUAAUGGCCACAUCAUCUCUUGGACCUCACGGGAUGGUGGCGAGUUCAAGUUGGUGGAUGCAGAGGAGGUGGCCCGUCUAUGGGGGCUGCGCAAGAACAAGACCAACAUGAAUUAUGACAAGCUCAGCCGGGCCUUGCGGUACUACUAUGACAAGCUUACCAGAAACCACAGAUUCUUAACAGAAUAUCAUAACAUCAUCCGAAAGGUGAGCGGCCAGAAGUUUGUCUACAAGUUUGUGUCCUACCCAGAGGUUGCAGGGUGCUCCACUGAAGACUGCCCACCUCAGCCUGAGGUGUCUGUAGCCUCGACUGUAGCAAUGGCCCCUGCUGCUAUCCAUGCAUCCCCAGGGGACACUGCCACUGGAAAGCCAGGAACACCCAAGGGUGCAGGAAUGGCAGGCCAAAGUGGUUUAGCACGCAGCAGCCGGAAUGAAUACAUGCGCUCGGGCCUCUAUUCUACCUUCACAAUCCAGUCCCUGCAGCCACAGCCACAGCCACCCCUUCAUCCUCGGCCUGCCUCAGUGCUUCCCAACACUACCCCUGCAGGAGUACCAGCACCCCCCUCAGGGAGCAGGAGCACCAGUCCAAACCCCUUAGAAGCCUGUUUGGAAGCCGAAGAAGCUGGUCUGCCCCUGCAGGUUAUCCUGACCCCACCUGAGGCCCCAAACCAGAAAUCAGAAGAGUUGAGUCUGGAGCCAGGUUUUGGCCGUCCACUGCCCCCAGAAGUGAAAGUGGAGGGGCCUAGGGAAGAAUUGGAAGCUGUAGGAGCUGCGGGCUUUGGUUCAGAAACUGUCAAAGCUGAACCAGAAGUAUCACCCUCCGAAGGCCUGCAGGCUCGGCUCCCAGCCGUCCUAAUGGAGAAUACAGCACAGGUGUGUGGCCUAUCUGCCUCUGCCAAUGAGAUUGCCCAACCCCAGAAAGGCCGGAAGCCCCGGGACCUGGAACUUCCACUUAGCCCAAGCCUGCUGGGUGGCCCAGGACCCGAACGAACUCCAGGAUCAGGAACAGGCUCUGGUCUGCAAGCACCAGGGCCAGCACUGACGCCAUCACUGCUACCCACACAUACCUUGACCCCGGUGCUGCUGACACCCAGCUCGCUGCCCCCCAGCAUUCAUUUCUGGAGCACUCUGAGUCCAAUUGCACCCCGUAGUCCAGCCAAGCUCUCCUUCCAGUUUCCGUCCAGUGGCAGCGCACAGGUGCACAUCCCUUCCAUCAGUGUGGAUGGCCUCUCAACCCCCGUGGUGCUCUCCCCAGGGCCCCAGAAGCCAUGACUUACACCAACACCCCCUUUCUGGAGUCUCUCCACUCAUGCUCCUGAACUCUCCAGCUAGCCAUCUCAAGGAGAAACAUAAUUCAACUGACAGACUCAUGCUUUGGUUGUGAUGGGGUGGAUAUUCCUGGAAAAGAGGAUCUUUCACUAACUUCCACCCAAAACAGACAACUUCUUUCUUUUUUGCCAGCCUCCCAGUGGCCGCCUUUACACGUCUCCUACUUCAAUGGUAGGGGCGGUUUAUUUAUUUUUUGAAGGCCGCUGGGAAGAUUCUGGCCUAACCCUUUUAGGAGAGUGGGUAAGACAUCUACUCCAUUUCCUCCCCAUUUUUUUCCCUAAAACAAGACAAUCAGGAAGGGUAUGGCUUGAUAAGGACCUUUCUUUCUUUAUUUCUCAGCCUGCCCUUGGGGAGUCAAGGGUUUCCUGUCUUUAUUUUGGAACAUGGGUUGAAGAGCUAGUUUGUUUUGUUUUAUUAUUCCUGGCCAUAUCUGAGUCCAGGGAGCACUUGUAUGAUUUAAUGGUUUGGAAGUUGUAGCUAGGGAAGAAUCACAUUGUUAAAAUAGGAAUUGCUACCUCCCCAACCCUCUCAGUCAGCUUGUUCUUUUCUCAAGUAACCUUUUGGCCAGGGAGGAAUAUUCCUUUUAUUGUUCUUCCCCCUGAGAAGCCAUUCCUUUGUCUCCAAACCCCUGGGGGCCUGCCUAUUACCUCCCAAUGGAGGGUUUUUUGGGGUGGUGGUCCCCGUCUGGGGGGCCCCUCCAGCCAGUUCUCCAGGGCUCUCUCCCAUCCUCUUCCAUUUUGAUAGUAUAAUCUAUUUUUAAAUGGGGCUUUUCAAUAAGGGAGAGGGAAGCAUCUCUUCCUAUAUCUGAUGAGUGGGUAGGCGGGUGGGUGGGAAGUAAGGGAUUUGGAGGCGGUCUUCCUGCCAACCCCAAGUGUUUAUUUUUGAUACCAAACAUGUAUUUUCAGCUCCCUCCCUCCCAGCCCCCCAAUUUCCUGCGGGCGGGUACAAAGGACCCUUUUAAGUGUCCCUGGAGUUGGGAGGGAGGAAUGGGGGACAUGAAGCCUGUCUUGUAUCAAUUCUAGGCUGGAGGGGUUGGAUUCAAAAAACUCCCAGGCUCACCUCCUGUCAGCACUGACCCAGACCAGGCCUGAAGACCUGGGGGUUGGUGAUUUGGGGGACGGUGCUACACUCGUCUCCACGGUUUGUUUUACUUCCCCAAAAUGGACCUUUUUUUUUCCUAAGAGUCCCAGAGAUUGGGGAAUUGUUCCUGUAAAUAUAUAUUUUUAAAGGUGUUACUGAAA